AGGCACGUGCGUGGCGGAAAGAGUGUCUGUUAUCUAAUCAAGACCCACGCCUGAGCUAGGCACCCUUUCUCAACCUUUCUUAGGGUUUUAACCUCGCCUAAGUACAGCGCUUUGUGCGGGCAAGCAUGACAGCCCACGGAUGGGGAUUUUCCAUUCCGUUCUAAACCCCAAUCAAUCACACAACAUUCCACCUCAACUGCGAAUUUUUGUGCAAGUCUCACUGUCAAAUCCCAUCACCCAGCAGCAACAUCGCGGUCCAGUCUGUCGCAGUCUGCCUCUCCGUCGCGAACAUGGCUGACUCCGAUACCCCCGUCACCUUGCGAACCCGCAAGUUCAUUCGCAACCCUCUCCUCGGCCGCAAGCAGAUGGUCGUUGACAUUCUGCACCCCGGCCGACCGAAUAUCUCGAAGGAGCAGCUUCGGGAAAAGCUGUCGACCCUUUAUAAGGCACAGAAAGAGCAGGUCUCCGUCUUCGGCCUGCGAACGCAAUUCGGUGGCGGCAAGACGACAGGUUUCGCCCUGAUCUACGACUCCCCCGAGGCAUUGAAGAAGUUCGAGCCUCAGUACAGAUUGAUCCGUGUCGGUCUGGCAACCAAGCCCGAACGAGCUUCGAGACAGCAGCGCAAGCAGCGCAAGAACCGACAGAAGACCCUGCGGGGUACUGCGAAGGUCAAGGGCGCCAAAGCGAAGAAGGAGAAAUAGACGUGGGCUUCUGGGUUUUCUGGUCUCUGCGGAGUGGGUUUGGCUCGGCUUCGGCACUGGCUCUGUGCAUUAUACGCAAAAUGGAUUUCUGCGUCCUACAUACAAACCGGGCACGACAUGGUACCGGCACCUUUUUUCGAGGCGUGACGGAAUGCAUUUGAUGAUUUCCCCACGAUAGCAUAAAUCAAGGAGUUGUUACGGCAACGGCCGUCUUGCAUUUCAU